AUGUUUUUUCGUACGUCUUUUGAGGGGUGAAUAUAAGCUUCCAUCCUUCAGCUUAAUUUUCUGCAGUACAUUGACAUUGCACAAUCUAUCUUCAGACAGAUUUAUUUUGUAGCCAAACCUCUUCGAGAUUUUCACUGAAAGAAUACCAGAUACUUAAUUACAGUAUAAUUUAAUUUCACUCUAUUUAUUCAAGUUUAUUUAUUAAAAUUAUUUACUCUAACAAAGCCAAACGGUCCUUGUUAAAAACCGAAAUAAACUAAUAAACUAUACAAUAAGAACGAAUGUUUGGUCAGAAAUGACGGAAAAGAUCUCACGAAGGUUAAACUGUGUGAAAAUCUCGACGUCGAAUUUCGGUACGAAAAAGUGCGUGGUUUCGAUCGAUUCGAAAGAAGUCUUCGCCCUUUCUGAUCCUGCGACAGAGCCGGUUGCCACAAAGAAGCCAAAGUUCUCGAGCGACGCGAAGCUCUCUUGGUACGAUCGUGUCACCGGACAAGAUCUCACUCUAUUUUGUCCUGCUCAGGGGUUCCCAUGUGGCCUUGUGCCUUUGUAUAAUUUGUUAGAACCAGUUGGCAGUAAAGCGCCAGCGUUCACCGGCACGGUAAAGGGCGUAUGGAUGGAGAAUCAAGCGGACACAGAUGUCGUUCUCUUCUGCCCCGCGCAAGGGUACCCUGUGCCAUCCUUUAGGUAAUUCGUUCGUCCUCGAACCUCCAUCGCGCUAUUCGUAUAUAGGAGGAAAGCUGAGUCGUCUGUGUUUCUGUCGUUUCUUUCUAUUGUUCUAGGUUAUUGAACAAAUUUGUUGCUUAA